UCGAGCUACAACACAACACAAUUGUGAUAGCCUACUGCUUAAAAUAUAAAGAAGCGGGGCAUGUUUUAAUCUAGUUCUUAUAUUAUGCUUAGUGAAACUUUUUAAUAAAACUUAAGUAGAAAGCGGCCACAGAUCUCCUCUGCCUGACUAUGAAUAAGUCUCUGAUCUGUAUAGUGUAGGUAUCCUUCAUCUGAGCGCACGCGUCUCCUCCAGUCUCUCCGCGCGCAGGGAGUAACUCCUCCUUUCGCUGUUUCUCUUGUACUUGCAUGGGCAUUACCACAAGCUUCGUAAAUCGAAACAUGUAGACCGACAGAUUUUAGGUCUUGAGAACAAGUUUUUAGUCCCUUUGUGUGGAAAUAAUUGGAGGAAAGAUGGUAUGAUCGAGCGCUCGUCUCCAGACCUCUCUCCAAACAGGCUACAGACGUUCACUGAAGGCAGCCAACUGAGAAGAAACACUAGCUGAAAAUAUGAGAUUGGACAGUUUCUUGAAAAGAGAAGCAGCCCAGGCCAGAGUAACAACCCAGUCAGCUUUGACAAACCCUGCUGAGACAGAAUCCAUUUGAGAGGGCAGACAUAUAGACGAGUUUGAUGGAGAUCCGGUCGGAUGACAGCGGGAACUGUGGUUAUAACCGGAGGAAUUCUCGCCACGGUGAUUCUCCUGUGUAUCAUUGCCGUGCUCUGCUACUGUCGACUUCAGUAUUAUUGCUGUAAGAAGAAUGGAUCCGAUCCAGAUGCUGUUUGCCCACAGCCCCAGUUUGCCUGCAACGCAUGCAGCACAUCCAGGAUGGACGGGGCCGCUUCCACCCCGCUCUCCCUGUCACCGGAGCUCACGCCCCCGCAGAGCUUCUGCCCCACCUGCUCCCCAUACAGCUCUCCAUUCUACAUCAGCACCACGGGCGAAACACGGAACGGGGCCGAAUGCACUGCUUACAUGCCGUCCCUGUCUCUCACCCUUCCCUCUCUGCACAGCCGGCCGGACCUCUACUCCAACACACGUGCCAUAAGCACUGAUGUCUGAUCAGUGACGUCCUCCGAAGACACCCUUAAUGUUGUAAAAACAGAGCGAAUGGGGACCAAAGGACAGCCAGUACUCAGUUUUUACAUUUUAUUUGUCUAGCAGUAAAUUGAAGUCAAUAAUCCUAUAUAAUGUUUUAUAGAAAUUGAUACAAAUUUGUUCUUCCUGAAUUUAUUUGACUCUAAUUAA